CAGGUUCCACAUCCUUAACAACUAACAUUGAAACGAUAAACAAAACAAACAUUUUCUCUUAUAGAAAGUUCAAAAUAAUGUAUUGAGAUAAAAAAAAUAAUGUGGGUGAGUCAUAUGAAGGAAAUAAGUCGAAGCUUCUAACAGAGAAAUAUGCGCGCGCUCUCGCACUGCCUCGUGCCCUUUACUACCAGCGCGCUCCCGCCGCUGACGGUGCUGUGUGGAUCAGCUGUGGGUCGGACAGUUUGCGUGGGUCGUUAAGGAGGAAGACAUGGGAGCGGAGUGACCGCUGCUUCCCACUGACAAACCCACACUUCCCGCGCACGCUGGUCUCACCACAGCCCUCGCGCGGUUCUUCUUCCCUUCUGAGAGACGCUUUAUCCACAGAGGAGCAUCUUUCUUCACCGCCACCUUUGUUAGAUGUGAGACUUGGGUAUAAAUCCGCACCGUCCGCUUCAGGACCGACAGUUAGGGGCCUAACUUUUUAAUUUUUUUCUCCGGGAAAGGAUGUCUUUGGCUCGGGUGGAUUACAUUCCUCCCUGGUGGACUUACUGGCUUCACAAUUUCCCUCAUAUCAACCUGAGGUUUCAGCCCAUUGACAAGAGCUUCCAGCCUGAAGAUGACAACUACCAGCAGUCCCUCAUAUUCCUGGGUUGCGUGGCGGCUGCUGGGCUCGGCCUCAACCUUCUCUGCUUGGCCAUCUACCUUAGCUGUCUAUGCUGCUGCCGGAAGGAGGAAGAGGAGGAGAGCAAAAAGCCUAACUCCUGCUGCGUCACCUGGUCGGCUGUCGCUGCUGGUCUCAUCACAUGUGUUGCCGUGGGUGUGGGUUUCUAUGGCAACAGUGAGACCAACGAUGGAGUCUACCAGUUGACCUACUCUGUUUACAAUGCCAAUCACUCUUUGGGCGGCGUGGACAGUCUGGUAACUGGCACCAUGGGCAGCAUGAAGAGCGGUUUGCAUCUCCACCUGGCACGGCUGGAUGAGAUCUUUGCAACACGAGGCGACUAUGUGCAGACGUUGCAGUUCAUGCAGCAGAUGGCUGACAAUGUGAUCAAACAGCUGCUGGGCUUGCCGGACUGGGAAAAUGCUAAGUUGGACCUGGCUUCCAUUGCUGAUCAAACAGCAAACAUCGAGUAUUACAGGUGGCUCACCUACCUCCUGCUCCUCAUCGUGGAUCUGAUCAUCUGCUUGUUGGCCUGUCUGGGUCUGGCCAAGCAAUCCCGCUGGCUGCUGACUACGAUGAUGGUCUUUGGAGUCCUGGCGCUGAUCUUAAGCUGGACUUCUCUGGGAGCCGACCUUGCUACUGCUGUGGGUACAAGCGAUUUCUGCGUGUCUCCGGAUAAGUUCAUCAUGAGUCAGACAAAAGGGAUCAUCAGUGCUGCCUCUGACCAUCUUCCAGAGGUCUCUCACCACCAUGCAGAUCCAGAUCCAGGGUCUCCUGCAGAUCGCCGUGCCUCUGUUUCCAAGUGCUGAGAGAGAUCUACUGGGUAUCCAGCGUUUGCUCAACUCCUCCGAGGCCAGUCUGCACCAGCUUACCGCCCUGCUGGACUGCAGGGGCCUCAACAAGGACUAUCUCGAUGCAAUGGUGGGGGUGUGCUAUGACGGGGUGGAGGGUUUGCUGUACCUCUGCCUCUUCUCCAUCCUCGCGGCCUGUGCCUUUACUGUCAUGCUGUGUGCCAUUCCCAGGGCGUGGAGACAAAUCGCCUCCAGGGAGCGAGAUUACGACGACAUCGAUGAAGAGGACCCGUUCAACCCUCGGGCGAGGAGAAUGGGCUCCCAGAACCCCAACCAUGCCAACAUGCACAGCUUCUGCAGCUACAGCAGCAGCAUGGGCAGCCAGAACAGCCUGCACCCGCCUGCUCCCGCCGUCUCCAACGCCCCCAUGUCUGAAUACAUGAACCAGACGGCUCUUUUUGGGGGAAAUCCACGCUACGAAAACGUGCCUCUGAUUGGACGAGGCUCCCCACCACCAUCGAUAUACUCUCAGCAAUAUAGAAAUCGAUACUCUCCCACCAUGAGGGCCACCUACCUGUCCAUGACCGAAGAACAGAGUAGACACUUUGGAAAUGACUUUCAAGCGUAGAAUACUCUGAAGAAAAUAAGCGUCACACACCGUCAAGACAUGUAUGGCAACACAGAGGAGCCAGAACUCCAGCCUGCAUGACCUCAGGCGACCUUUCCCUGCAUUUUUUUUUCUUCCUUUUUCUUUUUAACCUGCUUUGACUCUUGUCAAGCGUUUCCUACUCCAUCACAGCUUUUGAAGUGUGUGCUACUUCAGAAGAUUUUCAGGUCUCCAAAGAGUAAAAAUGUGAGCAUACUGGCUGAUGUGAACGAACCCCAUUGACUCUUGUGUUGUUGUGUUGUACAACAUUUGUGAAGCACAAACAGCGAGUUCGUGGAGACGCAGGUGAGGAAGCACACCUGCAAGUCAAGCUUUACGUCUGCAGCUCCUGCAGGUGAGACUACUUUGUGACCACUCCUGUAAAUAUGUUGUACGAUAACAGACCGUCGUCUUAGUCUGAUUGGAGUUUCUUUAAACUGUGUGCAGUUUUUAUUUUUUUAGCUUUUUCUAAUUUUGUGUGAAAAUUUCACCGUUUUUUUUUUUUUUAAGUAUUUUCUAAAAUAAAUAAAUAAAGGUUGUUAAAUCAUAUUUUCGCUAAUAAAUCACUAUAGUAAAGCUUUUAUUUCUGGGACAAUGAGCUGCUCAAACACUGAUAAUCAAAGCUGUUUUCAUCGGGUUCAACCAUCCAAAAGCACACGUGUGUACUGACUAACAGUUUUUAUUUUUAGGAGAUUUAAAUACAAGCACUGCUGUGUCUUUGUUUUAGCAUGUUACACUGUACAGGCACUGAGACUGGUGCUUAAUUUUCUGUGUGACCCCAGAGGUAAGCAUUUCAUUGUGAGUUGAAUAAACCAGCUUUGAGUACAAUUUCA